UUGGUAUGGUGGAGAAAAUCACUUAAUAUGGAAUAUGUUGCCUGGAUCAUCACCAGAUUAUAACACUGUUGUGGACUUAGCCCUUGGAAAUGCACUGAUAGCUGGUGCGGGUUUUGAUUCUUGGACAUAUCGAGUAGGCUUUGAUGUAUCCCUUCCAGUUUAUAGUCCUUAUGCUACAACCUUAGACACAGGGAAAUCUGCUAAUCCAAACAGGAGGUGGCUGGUGGUCUCAUCACAAGUGAACAUCCACCCGGAGUACAGUAUGGAACUGCUAGGGCUGGCUGAGACUCGAGCGGAGCUGCUGGUGCUAGAGCCUUGUCCAGACCAGUCCAACACCUCCCUCCGCUGUUCUGCAGGAACCAUUUACUCCCAUCCUCAUAUUCUCCAGGAAGGCAGCUUUUGUCUGGUGCUGCGUGGUGCCCGCCUUGGUCAGCCUACCUUACUUGAGGCUUUGGCUGCUGGCUGUAUCCCUAUUGUCACAGCUGAUGCCAUGGUCAUGCCUUUUGCUGACAUCAUCGAUUGGAAAAGGGCUGCCUUGUUUGUGGGGGAAGCAGACUUGAAUACUGUGAUAGAUGUAGCGGCAAGCGUAUCGGAGAAACGCAGGGAUGAGAUGAGAGAACAGGGUCUAUGGCUCUACCAGCGCUACUUCUCCACCAUGGAAGCUGUUACCCUUACAGCGUUGGACAUCAUCAACGAUAGAGUGUUUCCCCAUCAUGCCCGUACAUAUGAAGACUGGAAUUUUGCACCACAUAAACGUGUUGCCCAGUCUCCUUUGUUCCUUCCUCUGACAGCUCCCAGAGCUCCUGGCUUCACAGCUGUCAUUCUCACCUAUGACCGAGUCGAAAGUCUCUUCACACUCAUCAAUAAACUGGUCAGAGUACCAAGCCUCAGUAAAGUCAUUGUUGUAUGGAACAACCAACGGAAGAAUCCACCACCAAUGCAUCUCUGGCCAAAAGUUAACAAGCUGGUAAAAUUGAUCCACACCAAAGAAAACAAGCUAUCUAAUCGUUUUUACCCUUAUGAAGAAAUUGAGACGGAAGCUAUAUUGACCAUUGACGAUGAUAUUGUUAUGCUCACUGCAGAUGAACUUGAAUUUGGUUUUGAGGUGUGGAGAGAAUUUCCAGACCGAAUUGUUGGGUUUCCCUCUAGAACUCACGUCUGGGACAAUUCAACCCAGCGCUGGAAAUACGAGUCAGAGUGGACCAACCAGAUAUCCAUGGUUCUGACUGGGGUUGCUUUCCAUCACAAG